UGUGUGCGGUUCGUCUGUCAAAGUAGCACGUUGAUUUUACUUAUUAUCAUUCACUUCGUAGUUUGUGUUGAAAACAAAAUAAAUUUAUUAUAUUUAAAGUGUAUUUAGUGAAAACAUGUCAGAAGAUCACUCAUUGGACAUAAUUCCAACAAAAGCAAUGCUUUUGAAGAAGAAAGAAGCGGUCAGUGAAUUCAAAGCAGUCGUUUUCGAAACUUAUAAGUCAAAAAAGUCAGAUGGUUCGAAAAAAUUUCCACAAAAACGUAAGACCAGCGGCCACGACAGUGAUGAACAUGAUGGAUUGGACAUGAAGCGAGUGCGGCAUGAGGUGUUUAAUUUCGGAAUCUCGGGUUACAAUUUUCAAGAUCAACAAAAAGCGAAAAUUGCAUUGGCUGUAAAAUUGGGAGCAAAAGCGCCGAAAAAUGCCUACAAAAACUACAAAGAAUUACAAGCCGAAAACAAGGAGUCCAAGGCCAAGGCGAAGGAAGAAGCCUACAUUCGAUCAGUUGGGAAAAAUUCGGCCGGCAUGGCAACUGUCUCAUGCAAUAAAUUAGUGAAUCGUUUCGUCAAGAAAACGAAGAAGAAUAAAAAUAAUGUCGGAGAACUUACCAAACAUUAUGGUAUUGUUAAUCCAAACAUACACAAAAAGAAAAAGAAAUAGAGCAACGAUGGAGAUAGUACUCACUUUAAGCGCUAAAUAAAAUUUAAUUAGAAAUUGAUGAAUAAUGAAUAAAACUCAAUAUUUUAUGCCAAUAAAACUAA